AUGCUCUCCGAACUCCCAGAAGAGGUCCUGUCGUUGGUAGCUUUCCACCUGUGUCAGCCGCCCACUCGGCCCCUACCAGGCCCUGUUUUGGGCGACGCAUCUCGCUGGAUCGCCUCACCCACCAAUCUCCUCCGUACUUCCCGACUCAUCAACUCCGUCAUCUCCCCCACUGCCAAUCCGGAGCUAUACGCUCGGAUCUUCCGCGCCAACUUUGACACCGCCGCCGUCUUCAGGCGAUUGGGCGAUGGGCCGAGUACCCGCAAGAUCCGGGCGAGGGAGAUGACGGCCGAGCUGAAGCGGCGGGUGAGGGCUCUCUCACGUUUGAGGGAGAUGAUGGAUAGGAAGGAAGUGCAGCGUAUUGGGGAGGAGGAGAUGUGGGUGAUCUACGUGAUGUUGGUGGAGAAUGAUGGGAAGAACCUGGAACACCUCACAGCUCCUGCUGCGCCGUUCCAGCUUUACGAAUUCAUCGACCUGUACAUUACCCAGGUCAUGGAACCCAUUUGUCUGCUGUCAGUCAUGCCGCCCGAUGGGGCACCUCAGGCGCUCUUCACCUGGAUCCUAUGGCUGGUCUUGUCCCAUUGCCCAUCGGCGGAACACUUCAGCAGCCGAUUAAGCAGGCUGUAUGUCCUGCGGCCCUACGUCUUCGCCUCGCACGCCUACACCAUUUUCUUGGCACCCUGGACCAUCAACGACCUCCCCACCAACUCCGCACCAGACGUCGCGCCCAUGGGCAAUAUCUUCGUCGCGGAUCUCAAGCCCAGGCAGACCGGCGUCGAGGUGGAGUGGUACGGACGGCGGAUCAAACUCAGCCCACCACAGCUCGCCCAGGGGGCCAUCCUGAACUUCUUCGACCGACGGUGCGGGAACCGCAGUUACAGGGCGGAUGACGAGGAUGAGGACGACGAUAUGGAGGAUGACGAGGAUGAGGAGGACAGCGAUGCGGGAUCGGACCUGGUAGUCAAACGCAACAUCCUCAAUUCGGCCAUACACGAUCGGGACUUUAUACGGUUGACGAAAUGCCACGACCCGAUCCAUGGCGCCGGGAUGUCCCGGAAGAGCUGGCGGGAUAGCUUCAAUGGAGUCUGGGAAGGCAAUUUCAGCUUCUUUGACUUUGACGCCUUCAAGGCGAUGCUGGCGGGGCAGAGGAAGGCGUUGUACGAGGGGCAGUAUGGCGAGCAAAGACAGGUGUGGCGGUUGGUCGAGACGUAUGUCCGGGUGAAACGGGCGAGAGACGUCGAGUUGGAGGUGAAGAAGGAAGUCAAGCCAAAGGUGGAGGAAGAGAUGUACACCUUUGAGGAGGACGAGGGGGAGUGGCAGGAGGAGGAGAACGACCAGGCUGUAGAGCAAGAGGAGGAGGCGUCACCUCGGAAUCGGACGAAACUGCCUCUGAAGGGACCGUCGACGAAUGCCGGAUUCCCCGCCGAUUCGCCACCUACCACUCGCGCCGGCCUGGCGUCUGCUCAGGCGGAAGAAGAGACACUCAAGGAGACACUUGUCCAGCAGGUCGAGGCGAUAGAGGGAUACGAGGUGGUGCCCGAGGCGGAGCUGGACGCGAUGCUGGACAACCCGGAUGAGGAGAGCGGGCUCGAGUUGCUCUUGACGGGUACGGGACACUCGGCAUGGGGCAGCUUCAUUCUGAGGGGAAGGGUCAGAGCGUGGGACGGUAUGGCCAGCAUGGUCAAGGAGUACUCUCCCGACUCCCGCGGGAAGUGGAUAUACAGAGGGUAUAUCGUCGCUGGCGACACCAUGGUGGGCCGAUGGCGGGACACGUUCACGCCAGAGGAGUAUGUUGGAUACGAGGGCGCGUUCAUCUUGUCGCGUCGAUAG